GCGGCUCGGGCCGCCUUUAAAGCGCCGCGGCGGGGUGUGCGGCCCCACAAACGCCGCGGUCCCACGAGUGCCCCGCCCGCCCGGACAUGAAGCGCGACCCGCAGCGUCCCGAGGAGUGCCCGGAGCCGCCGCCGCGGCCGCUCCUGUCCUCCUGCUCCUCCUCCUCCUCGCCCUCGGGGCAGGCGGAGGGAGCGGGGCUGACGGCGCCCGUGUGGAUCUUCGGGUACGGCUCGCUGGUGUGGAGGCCGGGCUUCGAGUUCACGUCGCGCAAGGUGGGCUUCAUCCGCGGGUACAGCCGCCGCUUCUGGCAGGGUGACACCUUCCACCGCGGCAGCGAGAAGAUGCCCGGCCGGGUGGUGACGCUGCUGGAGGACUGCGGGGCAUGCACAUGGGGUGUAGCCUAUGAGGUCCGUGGGGAACAAGUUGCUGCAUCACUUCAGUAUCUCAACGUGCGAGAAGCUGUCCUGGGAGGCUAUGACACUAAGUUUGUGGAGUUCUACCCUCAGGAGAAAGAUGCAGAGGAACCCAUUCUGGCUCUUGUUUACAUUGCAACACCCCAGAAUCCUUCUUACCUUGGCCCAGCAUCUGAAGAGGAGAUUGCAGCUCAAAUCAUUGUCUCAAGUGGUUGUGCUGGUCAUAACAUUGAGUACUUGCUGAGACUGGCAGACUUCAUGCGUUACUUUUGUCCUCAAGCAGAGGAUAAACAUCUCUUCUCUAUUGAGGAGGCUCUUACUUCCAUCCUUCCAUGUCUAUACUACACAGAGGAGUCUCUAGAAGAAACUGCCAGUGUCCCUCAGAAGUCUAAGGGUUGAAAUAGGAAUUUUUUUUUUCAGGUUUCCAGUAGAAGGGACAUGAGGGAGAAAGCAGUGGGGACAGUCUUGACUCUGUUAAAUAUACUGGACUGAGUGAGUAAAGGGAGAAUUAGCAAGUAGUAGGGGAGAGAGGAAGUGAAGAGUAAAACACUUACUUAUAAGACUUGCAAUUAUUACCUGUUAUACUCCUUAUCUGCAGUAUCACGCUAGCCAUCACUGCUUUCCAGGUGGAGAGAAGUGAUCUUCACUGGAACUUUGCUCUGUAAGACUUGCUUUCAGGAGUCAAGGCUGAAGCACUCACUUUCUUUAGAGAAGAAAGAGGCUCAUCUGUUCUGUGCACUUUUUCAUUUUUCUUGGAAGACUAGUUGAGCAGGACUUGACUGGGUUUAAGCAGUAUAUAUGUAAUUCUACCUCAGAUUGGCAGAAAGCUGCUUGUGUGAUGGUGGAGACUUCGGGAGGUUCUGCCAAGUACAACUUUUUUUUUCCUGCCAUGUCCCACCUCCAGUACAAUGUCCUGACAUUAAAUUUUAGGACUUCUGUGCAAUAUUAAGUGAACAGGGCUCUUCAGGCUCUUGUGCAUCCUACUAACUUAUGUUGUGAAGGAUCACAGUAAUGCACUUGUUUUCUAAAAUGUCAAACUGUAUUUAUUAUGUGUUAUAUUUUUUUCUUCGGAGGGGUAUCUAAACUGUUCACAUGCCACAGUGGUAUGCAGCCCAUGUUCAGCCUUGCAUUUGUGCCUUCUAGUUUUAAAUCCAUUUUCUGAGGAGCUAAGCCUGCUUUAAUGGCAAGCUUUUUUCCAAGCUUCACUGACCUUGUGCUGCUACGGACUUAACUGACUCUGUAAGAAAUGGCCCUGCCCGUGUCAGAAGCCUGUGCUGCCUGCGGGAAGGCUGUCAGGAUGCAGGAGUGUUUUAACUAGCCCUGUAGUGGAUAAACCUCUGGUGCUUCAGGAUAAUGUGGGUUUCUAUAGAAGCACUGGAGGGUUCUAGUUCCAUACCCAGGUGUCUGGCACACUUUCGUUUAACUGCAAAGGACUGUGACUGAGCAUACUUGAAAGCCUGUGAGCUGCUGAAAAGCCUGCCUUGAUCAUGUUAAGCAGAGGCACUGCUACAAGUUCAGACUUUUCAGCUUCAUGUAUUAACAGCAUGAAAACCUAUAGUAUUUUGUGAGAAAAACUACUGCAACUGCAGCAGAAUAGCUUUUGAGAGCUGACUCCUGGGACAGUUGACUCCUCCCAAAUACCAUGUGUUUUUUUAAUUAUAAAAAAGGCUAGAGACUGUUUGUAUUACUGUGGCUUGUAUGUAUAUGAAGUGGUACGGUGCUGUGCCCAGUAAUAAAACAAACUGACAAAGUCAGUCUCAUGUA